CAUUUUUUUGCCAUUUUAAUAAUUAUAUUCAAUGUGCCCGGUUGUGUGCGUCGCGGUCGUCGGAACAACAACAUCAAUAAACAACGAAACAAAAUAUUUGUGGCAAAUAUCAAAAAUUAAAACGUUCAAAGUCGGUCGGAGUUUGUCUUUUAAAUAUUUUUUAAUUGCCGUUCUUAGCAGGGUUCUCGUUUUUAAUCCCCAUUUCAUUGUUCCCUCUUGUUUAUGGCAUGUUAAAUUCUAAGGUAGUGAAGAACGUCGUUUGAAUGAAGGUUAAGACUUGAAUGGUUUGAAAAAUUAACAAAUUAGAAACAACAACGACAACAAAAACAAUACAACGAAAGUAACGAAAGUGAUAUAUACAUAUCAACAAACAUACCAAGUUUACAUUGUACAUAAUACAUACAUAUGCUACUACUGUGAUUCCCAACGUAAUACACUCAGCUUUUGGUUUGAUUACAAAAAUAAAACCAACAACGACAUCAAUUUGUACAAGAACAACAACGACGACGCCAACAAUAUUAACAGCAAACAACAACAAUGGCAAUGCAACACCGUGAAGUGGGAGUACAAGAUUUUGUACUUCUCGAUGAGAUAACAACGGAAAAAUUCAUGGACAACUUGAGAAAGAGAUUUCAAGUUGGCUCCAUUUACACAUACAUUGGCGAGGUGUGCGUUUCGAUGAACCCCUACAGACAAAUGAACAUCUAUGGUCCCGAAACGAUCAAAAAAUACAAGGGGAGAGAACUUUUCGAAAAUCAGCCACACGUAUUCGCCAUUGCCGAUGCUGCAUAUCGAAUACUGAAACAACGCCAACAGGACACGUGUAUUUUGAUUUCCGGCGAAUCAGGUGCCGGCAAAACGGAAGCAUCAAAAAUUAUAAUGAAAUAUAUAGCUGCUGUCACAAAUAUUCAUGGCCAGAAUGAAAUUGAAAGAGUGAAAAAUGUGCUGAUCCAAAGUAAUGCCAUCUUGGAGACGUUUGGCAAUGCGAAGACAAAUCGUAAUGACAACUCCAGUCGUUUUGGCAAAUACAUGGAUAUUGAGUUCGAUUAUAAGGCAGAUCCAGUUGGUGGCAUUGUAACUAAUUAUUUGCUGGAAAAAUCCCGAGUGGUGCAACAGCAACCGGGAGAAAGAAAUUUCCAUAGUUUCUAUCAGCUUUUGCGUGGUGCAAGCGACAAUGAACUGCGACAAUACAAUCUCAAUAGGGAUCCAUCCAAAUAUUACUAUAUGAAUCAAGGUAGCAUGGAUAUAUUGAGCGAGAAAAACGAUUACAAGAGCACAAAUGCCGCAUUUAAAACACUUGGCUUCUCCACGGAAGAAAUUUCAACAAUUUGGCGUAUUAUAGCAGCCAUAUUACAUUUGGGCAAUAUUGAAUUUCAAAUGAUUGAAGAUGAGCUAGUCAUCAGCAACAAGUCUCACUUGCAGUGGGCUUCACAACUCCUGCAAGUCACCCCAGACGAGCUUUCCACGUCAUUGAUGAAGCGUGUAAUUGCUGCUGGUGGCAAUGUCAUGAGAAAGGAUCACAAUGCCAGUCAAGCUGAAUACGGAAAAGAUGCAUUAGCAAAGGCCAUAUAUGAUCGACUCUUUACUUGGAUCAUAUCACGCAUUAACCGAGCCAUUCUAUUCCGCGGUUCCAAGACACAGGCUCGUUUCAAUUCGGUUAUUGGAGUCUUGGACAUCUAUGGUUUUGAAAUCUUCGAUUCGAACAGCUUCGAACAAUUCUGCAUUAACUAUUGCAAUGAAAAAUUACAACAAUUAUUUAUUGAACUGGUGUUGAAACAAGAACAGGAGGAAUAUCAGAGAGAAGGAAUAGCAUGGAAAAAUAUAGAAUAUUUCAACAACAAGAUAAUCUGUGACUUGGUGGAGCAACCCCACAAAGGUAUUAUUGCAAUUAUGGACGAAGCCUGUCUGAGUGUAGGCAAAGUAACCGAUGUAACAUUAUUGGAGGCUAUGGAUAAAAAUCUUAGUAAACAUCCCCAUUACACGAGCCGACAACUAAAGCCCAUGGACAAGGAACUGAAGCACCGCGAAGACUUUCGUAUCACUCACUAUGCUGGCGAUGUAAUUUACAGCAUAAAUGGUUUCAUAGAGAAAAAUAAGGAUACCUUAUAUCAAGAUUUCAAACGUUUGUUGCACCACUCGUCGAACAGUUAUUUGAGUGAGAUGUGGCCCGAAGGAGCUCAAGAUAUUAAGGCAACCACCAAACGACCACUAACGGCCGGCACACUUUUCCAACGUUCCAUGAUUGAUUUGGUUAAUACGCUUCUGAAGAAGGAACCGUUCUAUGUGCGUUGCAUCAAGCCAAACGAUAUAAAGAGCCCCACUGUUUUCGACGACGAGCGCGUCGAACAUCAAGUGCGUUAUUUGGGUCUUUUGGAAAACGUUCGCGUUCGUCGCGCCGGCUUUGUUCAUCGACAACGUUAUGACAAAUUCUUGCUACGCUACAAGAUGAUCUCACAAUAUACCUGGCCGAACUUCCGUGCCGGCAGUGAUCGUGACGGUGUUCGUGUUCUAAUUGAAGAAAAGGGCUUUAGUCAAGACGUAAAAUACGGCCAUACGAAGAUAUUCAUAAGGUCGCCGCGUACCCUUUUCUCGUUGGAACAACAGCGCAACGAAAUGAUACCUCAUAUUGUGACAUUGCUGCAGAAACAAGUGCGUGGUUGGAUCGCCCGUCAGAACUAUAAGAAGAUGAAGGCGGCCAUGGUUAUAAUGAGGGCCUACAAAACAUAUAAGCUUCGUUCUUAUGUCCAGGAAUUGGCCAACCGUUUCCGACCUGCAAAGAGUAUGAGAGAUUAUGGACGAAGCAUUCAAUGGCCACACCCACCGCUGGCUGGCCGAAGAGCCGAACCGGGAUUAAGACGAAUCUACGACAAUUGGAGGGCGUACAUGAUCCUACGCAAAUAUCCAAGAAGCGAAUGGCCUCAACUCCGUCUCCAAAUUAUUGCAGCGACAGCCAUCAAAGGCCGCCGGCUCUAUUGGGGACAACAGAAUAAGUGGUUGGGUGACUAUCUGGCGAAUUCGCACGAAAACUCAGCUUCGCUAGCGUAUGGCACAAAUGUCAAGAACUUAAAAAACGCCGAUGGCUUCAAGUCGGUUCUCUUCUCUUCGUUUGCCAAGAAAUUCAAUAAGCACAACAAACAGUCCGAUCGAGCCUUUAUAAUUACAGAAGGUGCAAUAUACAAACUGGACGGUGCCAAGAAUAAAUUCAAAAAUAUGAACAGAUCAAUAUUUAUAAAGGAUUUGACCUCCAUAAGCAUUAGUACAGGACGUGAUCAAUUGGUCGUAUUCCAUUCCCCACAAAACAAUGAUUUGGUCUUUUCGCUACAAGGUGAACAUGGGCCACUGAAGGAAGAUCGUAUUGGCGAAUUAGUUGGCAAUGUGUGCAAAAAAUACUACGACAUCUGCAACCGCGAACUGAGAGUAGAUGUUUCACCCAACAUUAUGUGCCGCCUCGGAGGGAAAUCACGCACAAUUGUGAUAGAAGCAGCUGCUGGAGUUGAAAAUCCCAAUUUCAGACAUGCUUCUGGCAAUAUUAUCUUUGAAGUUCCAACACACUACUGCGUUUAAGAGUAAAGCUGGACUUUCUAAGAUACAUUCUUAUUUCUUCUUCCAAUGUUACGUUGAUUCGUUUCACUAACAACAGCAGAGCUCUUACUGUGUCUGAUAUUGUUUCCAAAUUUUCCAAAACCUAUACUAAAUUAUUUUUUUACACAUACCGCCUAAGUUAUAAAAAACAUUCAUGUAUGCAUGCAUCAUAUAUGAAAUGUUUAUAAUUUAUUAAUCGUUAUAUUUUAUUAUUAUUAUUUCUAUUAUUAUUGUAAGUUGAGUCUUUUUUAUAACUAUUAAUAUAACUUAUAUAAAUAUUGUUUGAUGUUAUUGUGUCAUUAGUCAGCCGAUUGAAACUGGAAAUUAUACGGAAAAAGUAUUAUAUGUACAGUAAAAUGAAAUUGUGCAUUUUUAAUUUUUAUACUAUGGAACUUUAAUUGUAAAUGUAAGAAUACAAGAGAGAGGAUAAAUAUAAUUUUCAAAUCAGCACGGUUCUAGGGUUAUAGUACUUAAAGUAAGUUUGAAAUGAGAGAAUGUCAAUGUUAGUAGUAUAGCCUACUUUAUCUGCUAUUAAACAAAUUACAUGGUGCCAUUCCCAACUUAUAUGAAAUAUGACUAUUUUAAGGUGAUAGUGGCCGUUAAAAUGGACCAUUGGACUGUGUGCCUUUGCAAUGAAUAAGCGCUUUAUUUUUAUAUAGAAGAUGUUAACCAUUUACACACAUUCAAAUAUAAUAUUUUUACAUAACAAUUAAAACACUGCAUGUAUUCAAUUAUAUUUUACACGAUAUAUAUUAAAUAUUUUCCAAUUUGAUACAACCGAAAAAUGAGUUACACAGUUUAAAACUAAGAAUAUAAUCUUAUAUAAUAUUAUUGUUAUAAUUAUACCACAAAACAAAUCAAAUAAAUACAAAAUGUUGAAAGAAAUAA